AUGGGUGGAGGGAGCCCCCUGUCAGGCUUCCCCCACCGACACAGCGACACCUUCCUGCUCACUGGUGUUUUCCUAGCGGUGUGCCAGGCCCUGGAGAACACCACGUCAGCUCUGAGCGACCCGCCAGUGGCCGCCGCGGUGGUGUCUCAUUUUAAUGACUGCCCGGACUCCCACAGCCAGUUCUGCUUCCACGGGACGUGCAGGUUUUUGGUGCAGGAGGACGAGCCAGCAUGUGUCUGCCAUUCUGGGUACGUGGGCGCCCGCUGUGAGCACGCAGACCUCCUGGCCGUGGUGGCUGCCAGCCAGAAGAAGCAGGCCAUCACCGCCUUAGUGGUCGUCUCCCUCGUGGCCCUGGCUGUCAUCAGGCAUCGUCUGUGUCUUUGCAGCUGCUGCCAGGUCCGGAAGCACUGUGAGUGGUGCCAUGCCCUCAUGUGCAGGCACGAGAAGCCCAGCGCCCUCCUGAAGGGAAGGGCAGCCUGCUGCCGCUCGGAAACAGUGGUCUGAGGAGCCCAGAAGAGGAGUUCAGCCAGGUGGACUGGGGCCACCCGAGCCGAGGGGACUUCUCCAGCACUGCCCCGAGUGGGACUCCUGGGAGAGGCAGGCCAGCAGCUCCUUCCUGCUUUGCCUGCGCAGCCUCGUGUCUAUUUGGGAGCCUCCACCGCUCUCUCAAGAGCCCUUGUCAGCUUCGCACCGAUCGGCAGACCACGUGGUCAAAACAGAUUUCUCGAGAACGGCACAAGCCCUGUUUAUGAAGACCAGGGGUGGGCGUCUGUCCGUCCGUGUGGUGUGGCCUGCACGUGUGUGUCAUUGUCUCUGCCAGUCAUGGACGCAGGACUGGGCUGCUCUUUCAUGGGGGCAGCUGCUUAUCACAGCAUCCUGCCCAAGGCCGGAGAGUCCGGUCCCUCCUCAUCGGCUUAUUGAGGAGGAAGGUGGAGAGGAGGGUGACUGCUGCCUGUCACGUGAAGAGGCGAAGUCGGAGAGGAGCCGGAUCGUGCAUCCUCUCGACCCUCGACCUGCCGACGCCUGACGACUG